GGUACACGGGUGCGACCGUGCGCUUGCGCGUAUUAGUGACAUUGACAGUCGAAGGAGGUCGUUUCCCGUUAAAACCUGUCCCUUGCUUGCGCCUGGCUGCUGAUGCCCUGCCCCAGCUGUCGUUGCCGCCACAACGGUACAGAGGUAUCGCGUUUGGCAGCGCACACCAGUAACGGUAGUACGACCGCCACGAGCGCUCCGGUUCGAGCAACGUGCGAGUUUUCUUAGCUGUUGCGCCGCCUACAACGGGUUGGGCUGCAAUAGUCCUUCUGGGAAAACAUUUCAAAUUCCCCUCCCGCUGCCAACCAGGGUAGUAACGUGGCAGUGAUGACCUCCACCUAGCUUUAGCGAUGACGCCAUGCCCUCGCCAUGUGGCUACCACAGUGUGAAUUAGGGUGAAUUUAGAUGACCAAACAAACAUUUGCUGUGCGCAUUCGUCCAUCUUACAAACGCUACACCCUUGUGUGCUGUUUCUCAACGCUUCUUGUUGUAGCCGGAGAUAGGCCGUGGUCACAAGAAAUUCCCGACGGACAUGCGUAUGUAUGCAAGCACGCACCCGUACGUACACACGCCCUCGCACACACAUCACCAGCACCGUGCGCCGUCCACCUUCCAUCAAACGAAACUAUCAAUCUACCGUAUGCAGAGCAGACGCACGGCACCCUCUCCUCAAUCAAACACGCAUUGCGCCGCUAGGCUAUCCUGUGACUGCGGCCACCCUUCAUCGGUCGUUGCCUAACUAUCUAUCAUUCGUUCGUGAUUUGUGUUAUUUGCAGAGCAGUUACUGCAAGUAACACAUAUAAGUGUUAAAUCCAGCUCAAUGUUACGUUUAGUCAUCGACCAAAAAAAUCUCCAGCAGAAUUAAGCCGCGAGAGGGCAAUAGUGUUAAAGAAACAAUAGAACUUCAAUCGAAACGCAGUGCGAAGGGGUCCUCCAGCUUCCAGCGGCCGUUGUUUGUCCCCCAAAACUAGCCUGCAAUGUGUGCGAUGUACAGUUGGAUGGGCCGGGUGAUCGGCUCAACCCAUCGUCUCAAUCACCAUCGACUGCUAGUAGUCGGUCUCAUAAUGAUGCUCAACGUCCUGACAACGCACUGUUUAAUACAUUCGCCGCCCCGCGUUAUCAAACAACCACCGCCUGAUGAGAUGCUGUUCCAGGUAGCCCAGCAGGGCGAGAGCGACAAGCCUUUUCUCAUUGAAUGCGAGGCGGAGGGUGAGCCUUCGCCGAGGUAUCGAUGGGUUAAGAAUGGUAAAAAGUUCGAAUGGCAAACGUAUGACGAUCGUAUGUCACAACAGCCUGGCCGCGGUACGCUGGUGAUCACAUCACCGCGCGACGAAGACCUCGGACAGUAUCAGUGCUUUGCCGAGAACGAGCACGGUAUCGCUACCUCAAACUCGGUGUUUGUGCGUAAAGCCGAGCUGAAUUCGUUCAAGGACGGACCUCCGCUGACGGUACCAGCCGAUGAGGGUAAGCCGUUCAAGCUGGUAUGUCAACCGCCCGAUGGCUGGCCAAAACCGAACGUCUACUGGAUGAUACAGAACAUGGACGGUGGUAUCCGGAGUAUCAACAACUCGCGCAUGACACUCGAUCCCGAGGGCAACCUGUGGUUUUCGAAUGUGACGCGCGACGACGAGUCGAACGAUUUCUUCUACGCAUGCGCUGCCUCAUCCAUGUUUCGCAGCGAAUAUAAGAUCGGCAACCGGGUGCUGCUGCAGGUGAAGCAGACUGGCAUUUCGGCAGCCCAGAACCGGCAUCCACCCACGCGCCAGUACGUGUCGCGUAAGAACGAGGUCGCGCUGAAGGGCAAGCAGGUCGAACUGUUCUGCAUCUACGGUGGCACACCGCUGCCUGAGACCGUCUGGACCAAGAACGGACGCGCAAUCAUCUGGAAUGACAAGAUUCAGCAGGAUAAUUACGGCAAGUCGCUUAAGAUCCGCCGUGUGUCAUCUGAGGACGCAGGCACCUAUACGUGCGAGGUGUCAAACGGUGUCGGCAACGCGGACUCGUACUCGAUCAACCUAGCUGUCAAUGCGGUGCCGUACUUUACUGUCGAGCCAGAGAUAGUAAACGCAGCUGAGGGUGAGACGGCUGAAUUCCGCUGCGAGGCGGCCGGUGAUCCAAGCCCGAACAUCAUCUGGAUCCACAACGGCAAACCGAUCGACCAGAGCCCGCGCAACCCACGACGCGUCGUUAGCACCAAUCGGAUUUACUUCAACAAAUUGGAGAAGGGGGACACAGGCAACUAUGGUUGCAACGCCACUAACUCACUUGGCUAUGUGUACAAAGAUGUGUUCCUGAACGUGCUUGCGUUGGCGCCGGAAAUUACUGAUCCACCAAAGCGUGAGUUUACCGUAGAUCAGCGCAAUGUUACAAUGACGUGCCGUGUAUUCGGUGCACCGAAGCCGCAGGUAAAAUGGGUGCGCAACCAACGCGAACUGACCGGGGGCCGCUACCAGACGCUGUCAAGUGGAGAUCUCUUUAUACGUGACGUCAAGUUCGACGAUGCCGGCGAGUAUACGUGUCAUGCGUCUAACAAACUCGGCGAGCGGCAGGCAUCCGGCGAAUUGAUCGUGAAGGAACACACAGUGAUCAACGAUCCGCCUCAGGAUUACGAGGUGGAGGCAGGCACGACCGCUACUUUCCGCUGCAACGCGGUUGCCGAUUCUUCGCUCGAACUGACGAUCGAAUGGCUCACCAAUGGUGAAGUGAUCGAUUUCGACAGCCAGCCCCGUUUUAUCCGUACCUCGGACAAUUCCCUCAUGAUCUCGAAGACGAUCGAGUUGGACACUGGCAUCUACAGUUGCCUGGCCAAGACCGAGCUGGACGAAGUGAUGGCCAACGCGACGCUCACUGUGAUGGAUCGACCGAAUCCACCGACACUCGAGCGCGUCAUUUGCUACGGGAAGGUAGCAAAGAUCGAAUGGACCUCGAACGGUGAUAAUCGCUCACCGAUCCUGAAUUACAUUAUCGAGUACAAUACCUCUUUUACGCCCGACACCUGGACAUUACUGACGGAAGACGUACCAGGCACUGAUCUCUCCUGGGUGGUCAACACGACACCAUGGAAUAACUAUACCUACCGCGUGAUAGCAGUGAACAAGGUGGGCCGUUCGCUACCAUCUGGCCACAGCGAGGUCUGCAGCACGGAGACGAGCGUCCCGUACAAGUGUCCAGAUGGCGUCGAGGCCGAGGGUACCGAACCGAACAAUCUCGUUAUCAAGUGGAAUCCGAUGGCGCAGGUGGACCACAAUGCACCCGGUUUCCAUUACCGUGUCUAUUGGCGACGAAACAUACCGAGCGGGACCUGGAGCUCGGUUGACGUGCGCGACUGGCGCCAAUCGUCGUACACAGUUGAAGGGCUACCGACCUUCACCGAGUAUCACAUAAAGGUGAUUGCGGUGAACGAUCGGGGUGAGGCGAACUCGGGCCCUUGGGAGAAAUAUGUGUACUCGGGCGAGGACAAGCCACUUGACGCACCGACGAACUUUACGCUCAUCCAGGUGACGGGUCCGUCGACGGCGAUCGUUAGCUGGAAUCCCGUAACUCCCGAAUCGCUGCGAGGACACUUUAAGGGCUACAAAAUCCAAACUUGGACCGAAGCGGACGGCGAAGAAAAUCUACGCGAAGUACUGAUAACCGCCGAUGCGAAACAAGCGCUCAUUACUGUCCUUGUGCCCGAUUCUACCAAUUAUGCUCGCAUCCUGGCGUAUAACGGGCGCUACAACGGUCCAGCCAGCACGACAAUUUCGUUCGACACGCCCGAAGGCGUACCGAGCACUAUACAGUCACUCGAGGCCUACCCGCUAGGCUCAUCCGCCUUUCUGUUGCGCUGGAAACGUCCACUGCUGCCAAACGGCAAGCUUACUGGUUACAAGAUUUACUACGAGGAAAUCAAGGGCACGACGGUUGGGCCACGUUCUGAACGUGAACCUCACAUCUCUGAUCCGGCCGUCUUGGAGGCGAAGCUCGGGCGACUCAAGCCCAACUCGAAAUAUCGCAUCCAUGUGGUAGCAACCACAAAGGCGGGCGAGGGACAAGAUUUCCACAUCGAGCGUGCAACCUCAUCCAGUAUCGGCAUACCACCAGAUGCACCGAAUUUCAGCUGGGUGACUCUGCACUCGGAUAGCCGAGGGUUAGCCAACGUUAAAAUGAUCUGGCAACCUCCACUCGGUGGCAAGCCCGGCUCCCACUUCUACAUGAAGUAUCGUCUAAAGGACCAAUCGACCUGGCAAACCACUGAUGCCGAACUAUAUGAGAAUUUCCAGAUAGUGCGCGGCAUUGAUGCAAACCGUCUGUACGAGUUCCGUGCCGUGUCGGUCGACGGCGACUACGAAACCGAGUCCGCCACGCAAGAGGUCGACACCUAUGGCUACGAGAGCUCGGUUCCAGUAGAUGAUAACAUCGCGACGGCCGGCUGGUUUAUAGGCAUGAUGUUAGCCAUCGCCUUUCUCAUCCUUGUCCUAAUCGUCAUCUGCAUCGUAAAGCGUAACCGUGGCGGCAAGUAUGACGUGCACGAUCGGGAAAUGGCCAAUGGUAGAAACGAUUACACCGAAGAGGGUGGUUUCCCCGAAUACUCGCAACCUGUUUUACGUGAUUACAGUUUGGACAAUAAAAGCCAGGGCCGACAAUCGCUGAACUCGCAAAAAGUAGGACCGGAAAGUGAUACAGAUUCCAUGGCUGAAUACGGUGAAGGUGAUACAGGUAAUGUUGUUCUGCUACUACCACCGUUACUACUAUUUACCUUUUCCCCUCAUCUGCUACAGCUCCCUUUGACCACAAACUCAUAUUUACACCCCCCCCCCCCCUCCGCCCCCCUUAUCACACAUAUUCUAUGUUCAACGUGUUUGUUUUAUUAGCUCCCGUUAUCUGUUUAUCGUAUCUUUGGAAUAUUUUUCAUCAUCUCUAUCAUUUAUUCAUAUACUGCUGCCUUCUCUCUUCUCUUUCCGUCUCUUCCUUUCUCUCUCUCUCUCUCUCUCUCUCUCUCUCUCUUUCUCUCUCUUGUGACAUGCAUCAGUUAUUAGUACUUUGGGUUAGUAAGAGACAUUUAUUGUCAUUAUUUAUCAUUGAUUUGUGUAGUUUUGGUAAUUUGUGGAAGCUGUAUUUAGUGUUUACAAUAUCACAAUCAUCGAGACCCAGAAUGCCAGAAUAUCUACUAGUGAUUUUACUUUUAUUUUUCGAUGAAGAUAAACCGCUUAUCUUCAAUAGACUCUUAGAAACUUUAAUUUCUAUCAUCAAUUCGAUUAACGAUUGUGUAUUUGUAUACCUAUACCUACAAAUAAUACUCCGAAAAUAGUUUCCAUACAUAAAUUGGGUCCAUUUAUCGAUUCAUCAAUAGCAAUUAACUAAUCACACAAUGACUAACAACUUGUCCAGAUUAUAAAAAGUUAUAAUAUGAGUGGCCCGGGUUACUGAUAGUAAUCAAUGUAUUAAGAAUCUAUUGCUCAGUGGUUGAUAGAUCGCCGUUAAUUUUUCUUUAAUUCUGCGCAUGACUCAAAUUUGGUUCAAGGUUGAGUGUGUUAGUUUCGGUUGUUAUACGUUGCAUCAAAAGUGUAUGUUUAUCUAAUCAAGACGUACUCCACCAUCUUCGCAACAUCAACAUCCUCAAACCACUUGUUUCGAAAUCUUCCAUAUCGCUCUUGCUUAAAUAUAUCGGUGCUACGGUUUUUUGUUGUUGAUAUAUUACGGGCGGGGCCGUAUUUAUAGGUGCUACGGUUGAUGGUUGGUGUUAUUCCGCUAAAUAUAUUUUUGCGCAUUAAAACUAUUAGUUCCUUUUACGAAACUAAACAUUAAUAGUGUAGGCUGCAUUUUAUUUUUAAUCUGUUUCCUUAUUUUGCGUUUGCCUCAAUCUGUCUGAAGUUUUAUUAACUUGCUGUGUUCUCCUAGUUUACAAUCCAAUGAUCCAGUUUUGAUUUCCAAUGAUUUUCUUUCUAUUGCAUUCUUUUGCUUUUGCUUUUUGCACUGUUUUCUAUUGAACCGUUUAUUCGUGUGAUGUUCAUAUCGAGAACAUCAUGGUUUGCCAAAUUUUGUUAUACUUUGUUUUUCGAUAUUUUCACACUACUUUCCACACUUUUACUGAGCACCCAUAUCGCGGAUGUACAGUUUUACAAUACACUAGUGAUAAGGCCACAGUAAUUUAUCCAAUAAUAGUGAUUGUGUAAUGUCCAAUCGUUUUCGCUUCGUGUGGCUGGAUUGAAAUAUAAGCGGGUGUACGCUGAUAUCUGUGGAAAUCUAAAAGGAAAAUGAAACAUUCGCACAAUGAGCUACACUAUCGCUUCAAACCAUAAAAAGAGCACAUAGCGGAAAGAAGCGUUCGCAAAGAGCGUUUUCCCUUGAAUUAUGCUAGGUUUUAUGCUCCGCAGACGUAUAAAUUAUUUGACAAAAGCGUAAACGAUUUGGCAUUACACUUUGCUUUUACGCUAGAUUUUCGCUUUGUAUAGCGCAGCCUAUAUACUUGGUGUAAAAUAAGGCAAAGAAACAACCACCACUGUCAUGCGAAUGUAAUUUUUUCUCAUGUUUUAUGAAUUAUUAUUAAUAUUAUAUUUUCAUGCUUCUAUUUCUUUCUUUCCAUACGUUGUUCGCAAUUUAAACAUGUUUCCGUUGUCUAUUCGCGCGCCAUUGGUGCUCCCUCAUUUUAAUCAACACCACCCUGCUGUGAACGCUGCGCGCAUUUAAACACUCGCG